UUUUGCUUUCAGAGGACGCCCGGUGAAGCCAGUUGGACUUCUCAUCUCCUCCAGAGCAGGUGGUCAUGUCCACUGGUUCGUCGGCGAGCGAUGCCGAGGACUAUUCGGACCGGAACGGCGCACCCAAAGACAAACGGUCCAAGAAGGAUGCUCGCCAGUCGCACCGUGACGCGGCCAACGCCAGGGAGAGGGCGAGGAUGAGGGUGCUGAGCAAAGCCUUCUCCAGACUUAAGACCAGUUUGCCGUGGGUGCCGGCGGACACCAAGUUGUCCAAACUGGACACCCUGCGUCUGGCAUCAAACUACAUCUCACAUCUGAGGCAGCUUCUGCAGGAGGACCGACUGGAGGACAGCUUUGUGCAGACGUCCGCUUUGACAUGGCCGUUUGUGACGUCAGGACACUCCGAGGACCAAGACUUGUCCACCACUGGAAGACUUUAUGGAGCUACCGCCUGCUGAGGCCUCGCCAUGACCUUAUCAUCUAUGAUUGUUCAAGGUCACAAUAAUAAACAUAUCCUAUUCAAUUAAUGUCCAUCCAAAUGAGGGUACAGGUGUGCCUAAUAUUGUGACCAACAGUAGAGGAGAACCACACAAAAAGAGCACUUUUCAUCAGGUUGUUGUAAAGUUGCAGCUGUUGUUCAUGUUGGUGACUUUCCCAGAAUUCCGAGCAUGCAUUCAGGGACUCUCUGGGGACGUCUAAUGAGCUGCCUUCUCACACUCGUCAAGGACAAAGUGUCCUGUGUUUAAGUGGGGCCAUCAAUCGUGGGGACGAAGUGAUGAUGUGGGUGGCGUGACGUUGGUUUUUCAUAUGAAAUAGAUACAGUACGUUGACAUAUAAAUAAUACGGCGACAACACCAGUUGACGUUUGGUUAAAAAACAGCAGCACUUGACAGUGUUACAUUGGCUUCAUCUAGUGGUUGCAAAUAGAACUGCAAGUCCUACAUUGUUAUGUGAAGGGAACGCAUGUAUGGCCGGUUAAAAUACACACUUUGUAUGAUGUGAAAUAAAUAUAUAUUAACAUUUAUAUUCAGAUUAUAACCAUAACUCAUUCUUAAAAUAAUUACGUUCAUUUUUCUUCAAUGAAAAUGUUUUUUAGAGGAAAAAAGGGGGGAAAUAGAGAAAAAACAAGAAUAAAACAACAGAUUUUACCUACCGGAAGUCUGCAUUUUUCUAGAAAUGUGUGUUUUUUGUAAAA